GGCCCCGCCCCGGCCCCGCCCGAGCUCGUCGCGGGCCCCCGGCCCGGUCCCCGCGGCCCGAGCGCGUCCACCUGAGCCCGCGCGCCGGCGCCAUGGCGGAGCAGGAGAGCCUGGAGUUCGGCAAGGCGGACUUCGUGUUGAUGGACACCGUCUCCAUGCCGGAGUUCAUGGCCAACCUCAAGCUCAGAUUUGAAAAAGGGCGCAUCUACACAUUCAUUGGAGAAGUUGUCGUGUCUGUGAAUCCUUACAAGUUGUUGAACAUCUAUGGCAGAGACACAAUUGAGCAGUAUAAAGGAAGGGAGCUGUAUGAGAGACCACCUCACCUUUUUGCUAUUGCGGAUGCUGCUUACAAGGCUAUGAAGAGGCGAUCAAAAGAUACUUGUAUUGUGAUAUCAGGAGAAAGUGGAGCUGGUAAAACGGAAGCCAGUAAGUACAUUAUGCAGUAUAUUGCGGCUAUCACCAACCCUGGUCAGAGAGCAGAAGUUGAAAGAGUAAAGAAUAUGUUGCUUAAGUCCAACUGUGUUUUGGAAGCUUUUGGAAAUGCCAAAACCAACCGUAAUGACAACUCAAGCAGGUUUGGAAAAUACAUGGAUAUCAACUUUGACUUCAAGGGGGACCCGAUUGGUGGACAUAUCAAUAACUACUUAUUGGAAAAGUCUCGAGUGAUUGUGCAGCAGCCAGGAGAAAGAAGCUUCCAUUCUUUUUAUCAGCUACUCCAAGGAGGUUCAGAGCAGAUACUACGCUCCCUGCAUCUCCAGAAAUCACUUUCAUCUUACAACUAUAUCCAUGUGGGAGCUCAAUUAAAGUCUUCUAUCAAUGAUGCUGCAGAAUUCAAAGUAGUAGCUGAUGCUAUGAAAGUAAUUGGUUUCAAACCUGAGGAGAUUCAAACAGUGUAUAAAAUUCUGGCUGCUAUUCUUCACUUGGGAAAUUUAAAAUUUAUAGUAGAUGGUGACACACCUCUUAUUGAGAAUGGCAAAGUAGUAUCUAUAAUAGCAGAAUUGCUGUCUACUAAGACAGACAUGGUUGAGAAAGCCCUCCUUUACCGGACUGUGGCUACAGGUCGUGACAUCAUCGACAAGCAGCACACGGAACAAGAAGCCAGCUAUGGCAGAGACGCCUUUGCCAAGGCAAUAUAUGAGCGGCUUUUUUGUUGGAUCGUUACUCGCAUCAAUGAUAUUAUUGAAGUCAAGAACUAUGAUACCACAAUUCAUGGGAAAAAUACCGUGAUUGGGGUCUUGGAUAUCUAUGGCUUUGAAAUCUUUGACAACAACAGCUUUGAACAAUUCUGCAUCAAUUACUGCAAUGAGAAAUUGCAGCAGCUAUUUAUCCAGCUGGUUCUGAAGCAAGAACAAGAGGAAUACCAGCGGGAAGGGAUCCCGUGGAAGCACGUGGGAUUUCUCUAAUUUGAUAGACUACCUCACUGGUUCUCUGAAAAUCCUGAGUUACAGCCAGUAAACCUAACAUUUUUUACUCUGUGGCUUAUACCAUAUGGCCGUUCUGUUUUAUGUCUGUCUAUUAGAGUUUAGCAUCAUUUAUUAUCAAAUUUUGCCUUAAAUUGGGUGGACUUUGCUUCCAAAUCUAGUUUCUUCUUCAUGUUCUUUUUUUUCCUUCUCUUCCUCCUUCACUUUGUAAACUGGUAUUUUAUUGUCUUCAGUUAAUGUUAUUCAUAUUCUCUGAAACCCGUGCUUUAAAAUACCUAU